CAAGUUAAACCUGCCCAAGUCUCAAUAAUCAAAGCAUAUAAUAUGCUUACUUACUACCUCCUAGUAGUCGUCGUCUUCUUCCUACGCAUAACACACCCUUGUCGUGAAGCGUAUCCAAGCUUCUCCGAAAGCCAUGGACUCGCAUCUAAUCCAGCCCUUGAUCGCCUUCCUAAUCUCGGCCUUCGUGGCCGCCCGUGCCUACCGCCGGAAAUCACUCGACUUUUCCGGCGCAGUCGCCGGCCUCGCCGUCAUGACUCUCCACAUUGCAGUCGGAUACAGAUACGGAGCCGUGUUGCUCGUCUUCUUCUUCACGUCGUCGAAGCUCACCAAGGUUGGCGAAGAGAAGAAGCGCCGGGUUGACCCGGAAUUCAAAGAAGGCGGUCAACGCAAUUGGAUACAGGUGCUAUCGAAUGCAGGGAUUUCAUCAGUGUUGGUUGUGGUGCUGUGGAGGCUGACGGGGUUGGAAGAGAGAUGCUUGGACUCGAAGGAGUCGGUUUUGGUUACGGCACUGAUGGGAGGGGUUAUAGGACACUUCUCUUGCUGCAAUGGAGACACUUGGUCUUCUGAGCUUGGAAUUCUUAGUGAUGAUCAGCCUCGUUUGAUUACUACUUUCAAGCCUGUGCGGAAAGGUACCAAUGGCGGAGUUACUAAAGCAGGAUUACUGGCAGCUGCUGCAGCAGGGUCUGUUAUCGGAUUGGCGUUUGUGCUUGUUGGCUUUCUGACUACAAAAUGUACAUAUGAUGUAGCACUGAAGCAGCUGUUUGUGAUACCUCUUUCUACCCUUGCUGGACUUUGUGGUAGUGUCAUUGAUUCUCUUCUGGGAGCAACACUGCAAUUCAGUGGAUUCUGUACUGUUCGUAACAAGGUUGUUGGCAAACCAGGACCUACUGUCAAGAAGAUAUCUGGCCUCAAUUUUCUUGACAACAAUGCCGUAAAUGUUGUGUCUAUCCUGAUAACAACAAUCCUCACUUCCAUUGCCUGCAUUUACGUCUUUUGAGACCGACUGGUUCAACCUACUAUUAUGAGUUGUUCAGACAGUGUUGAUUCCCUGCACAACUGAUCCAUGUACUAGCACCGCAGGAUGUAACCCUUCCGAUCGGAAAAGCAGUUUCUCAAUGCUAACCCAAAACCCUAACUAAUGAAAACUGGGGUUCAGUGUUCUGCAAGCUGAUAUUCUGAGAAUCAUGACUUGACAUAAUUUACUUGGAGAGUUCUUUUUGUUAAGCAUAAGCUAUCAGAUAAUGAUGGUUACCUACCUCAAUCAGAUAUUUUGAAUUAUGCUUCUACUUUUCUUC